AGCAGCCACGCUUUUCCCCUUGUGUGCGCACUCAUCAUACGACUUUCUCCUAUUUCGCCAUCAAAAAGUCAAGUCGCGAUGGUCCGGACUAUCUUCAAAAAAAUUGGCUCCCUUGCUACCGUUUUCUUAGGCCUGAGACAAGUCUCUGGUUCUUUGGUCAAGCGAGAAGCGCCGCUGUUCGAAUGGGAGUCUGUCCACCUGACACGAUCGAGGCUAGACGCUCUCGAGGCCACCGACGAUGCUGCCCUGUUCUCGUUCUAUCACAAGGCCAAGCGUGCAGGUGGAUCGGGAGAGUGUAAAGUCUUUCCAGGAGAUUUCGAUUAUCCAAGCCAGGAGAUAUGGGAUAAGUUUGACUCUAUGACGGGCGGUGCUCUGAUCAAGACUAUACCCCUGGCUGCCGCUUGCGAUCCCGAAUGGCCGCAGUAUGACCCAGUUGAAUGCCAACGGGUAGAGGAUACCUGGAUAAAUCCUAACCUGCACGUCUCACAUCCAACCUCGGCCGUCUGGCCACUCUACCAAGGCCUCACCUGCCUACCGACUGGACACAGCAUCGGGAAUGACACAUGCACCCUGGGCGGGUAUGCUUCCUACUCGGUCAAUGUCAGCAGCGUGGAGCAUAUCCAGCUGGCUAUGAAAUUUGCGCGCGACACCAACAUGCGGCUUGUGGUCAAGAACACCGGACACGACUUUGCUGCCAAGUCUGUGGGAGCGGGUGCCUUGUCCAUAUGGACGCAUAACCUGGAUGAUAUUGUUUUUAUGAGGGACUUUGACUAUGGAGAUUACCAGGGACCGGCCUUCAAACUCGGUGCUGGCGUCAUGGUGUACCAGAUCUACGAGGCAGCCGAGAAGGAGGGAGUCUCGGUUGUGGGUGGGCUGUGUUGGACAGUCGGAGUCGCAGGGGGCUACACCGCCGGAGGUGGACACUCCAUGUUGACCAGCAUGUACGGAAUGGGAGCAGACCAGGUGCUCUCCAUGGAAGUCGUCCUACCCAACGGCACAUUCACCACCGCCAGCCAGACCCAAAACCCCGAGCUCUUCUGGGCCCUCCGUGGUGGCGGUGGAGGCACCUUUGGUGUGGUGACAUCCAUCAUCGUCGUGGCCCAUCCAAAACUGACCGUCACCACAAUGACAUUCACCGUCUCUACCGGCCCAGAUCUCCCACGCGACACCUUCUGGGCCGGCAUCCAAGCCUUCAUGUCACACUACGUCGAGUUCGCCGACGCAGGAACCAUGAGCUACUUCUUCAUGACCAAAGACCUUACCACCGGCGUCACCUCCUUCAUCCUCCAACCCUUCUGGGGCGCCAACCACACCCGCGCCCAGCUCGAGACCCUGGUUGCCCCGUGGCUCGCCGACCUUGCCGACCUCAACAUCACCGUCACUCCCAACAUCACCGAGUUUCCAAGCGUCCACACUGCCUGGGUGGCAAACUUCCCGCUCGACGAGGUCGGCCGCACGAGCGGCCACGCCGGGUCGCGGCUCCUCCCGCGCGCCAACUUUGCCGACGGGGACAAGCUCAGCGCCACGGCGGCGGCGGUGCGGCACGCCGUCGAGUCGGGCGCGUUCCUCGUCGGGUACAACAUCAAGGUCGGGGGCGUCUCCGUCGCCGGCCCCAACGCCGUCAACCCGGCCUACCGCGCCGCGUACGGGUUUUUCAUACUGGGAACCAACUGGGUGGGGAGCGGGGAUGAGUUUUGGGAGGCCAACGCGCGCGCCAGCGAGGUGCUGACGACGGAUUGGGUCGCGGGCCUGAGGGAGGCGAGUCCCGGGUCCGGGACGUAUCUGAGCGAGAGCGACAUCAACGAGCCGGACUGGCAGGUCUCGUUCUGGGGUGAGAAUUACGGUAGGCUGUUGGAGCUGAAGAGGGAGCUGGAUCCGGAUGGGUUGUUUUACGUUCCUCAGGGGGUUGGGUCGGAGGAGUGGACUGUGACGGGCCAGAGGGAGUGGGUUCCCACGCAGAACGGAAGGCUUUGUCGAGUGUAAUUUGCGCUCCAAUGGGCGUAUUGGUGUUCAGUGUCCGGUUCUUGUGAAAUGACAAACUUUGUUGUUUGCAGCUGACAUGCUUUUUAGAGAUAUGCAACUAAGCACGGACAAUGAACAAAGCAGUCCCUCACAUGCCCAACCGAAGGGAUCACGAGAGAAAAAUCGGCGCCAAUUGAUGUUGUGUUUUUAUGAAUUCUAAAGAGGAGAAAACCCGGCAUGUUUUGCGCCAGCAAGCCAAGUAAUGGCUUUUCUGCGGAUUCAGAAGAUACGUUUCUGCUGUAGACUAGGUAAAAGAAAUGAACAAGAC